CUUUCGUGUCAAAGGAGUAUCUAAAUUUGUAGUAUCUAAACAACAGAAACUAAACCCAAGAAGACUAACAUUAAUACACCUACACAGACAGACAUUUACAUUUAAACAGAUGAAGAGAGGAGCAGCAGCAGCGGCAGGAACAGCGGCAUUCCCCAUCAGCAUGGACAGCGGACAACAGGAGGCGGUGGCAGCUGCGGAUGGGGCUGGAGCUGGGGAGGGUGAGGUGUGUGCCUUCUGCCUGGAUCAGAUACAGAACCCGGUCAAGCUGCGCUGCAGUCACUCCUUCUGCAGGGGCUGCCUGGAGAUAUACCGCGAGGCGCGCAGUUGGGUGGCCGAGCGCUGUCCGCUCUGUCGGCGCAUACUGGAGGAGCAUGUGGGCCGCAACUGGAAGGGCACCUGGAGCCUGGCUGUGCUAAUAGUGUUGCUCCUGGUGCUCCUCAGCCUGGGGACCUUCUACUUGCUGCUGCUCUACUGGUAGACCGCCGCCAGUAAAAGAAAUCCAUUCCCCUGCAGAUGUUCAGACCCCUACAAAAUUAGAUAUGCACGCAGAUGGAGAGAUUGCGUCGUGGAAGAUGCGUACAAAGUUGAGUGAAUUUUAAUUAAAUCUAAAAGCCAUAAAAUUCCAUGUGCAAUGCGCUUUAUCCUGGUCCAUUGUCCGUUGUCCAUUGUGCCUUAUCCUUUGUCCACCUUCCGGCGCAUAUAAUUAAUUUGUAUCCCCCCCCUCUUACGCCCCCUCCCAGGAGUGGGACAUCUAAUAGAGCUCAAAGCAUGAGGAAAAUUGUAUUGUGUGGCAAGCUGCAAGUGGCUGGUUGCUGGUGCCUGCUGACUGGCUGCUGCUGCAAUUGCUCCUAAAAUCACUCAUACGCCCUGCGGUUCUCGGCUGGCACAAUUUUUUGGGCGUUGCUUUCACCAUUUCGACCACAUUUUAAUUCAAUUUUCAACGCCAAUAAGCCCCCAGAAAAAAAAGUGCUGCACAUGCACAUAUGAAAAUAUUCAAAUAAUAUUUACAAAGUAAAUAUUGUAUUUGUAAGCAAAGUGAGAGUCAGCGCAGAACAGGGGCAGACGCAGACGCAGCCAUAG